GCACAUGAAGACACACAACAGAGCCUUCCAGUGAGUGUCCUUGAUCUUAAUUCUUAACCGCUUCCAAAGCUUUGAACUGCAAAACUGUUGUCAUUUGUUCUUGUCUCUCUCGUCUCUCCUCUGAACCCAUAGUCUUGUUUUGCUUUGAUCUUGAAGAGUUUCUCUCACUCUUUCAUGGAGAUGGCUGCUGCUAUUAGUAGCAGAACAACUGGUCUUUAUCCUCCCAAAAUGGUGCAGUUCUCUUCUUCUCCGUUGAAUUGCAUUAGCUCGAUUUCUUUGCCCCAAAAGAAAAGGUCUGGUUAUGGAAUGGCUUCUCUGUCUGCGAAAUCGAGGUUUGGAUCAUUGAAAGGAGGUGCGGGACUCUUGGAGCGCCCGAACUUUGAUCAGUCACAGUUUGAUCCUACUCCGCAAGCUGAAGAAGGUGGAGAUAUUGGACGUCGGAAGGACAAGAGAGGUACAGGGAGUGGAGACAGCUACAGAGUUUUGCUGAUUGAUGAUAGACGCCAUACUGAAAAGUGUGUGGCACAAGUCUUAUCAUAUGUGGUGCCAUCCGUUACAUAUGAUGAUGGAAGAAAAAUCUUCCACGAAUCACGUCAGAAUGGUGCGUCUGUUGUAACAGUUGCUGUGAAGGAGCAUGCUGAAUACUAUGCACACAUCAUGGUUCGUUGGGGAUUGCGGUCAGCAAUUGAACCUGAUUCAAAAACCAUGUGAAUUGGUAGAGGCUCCAGAUGUUAGACUGAUCAAAUUGGAGCUGCAGUAUUGGAAGGUUUGGCCGCAAUAUAAUUUUGAAAAUACAUGUAAAUAGAUCUUAUUCUUUCCCAGAAAUGACACUGAAGAAAGACAAAUAUAUUCUGUUCCCCUGUGGAAGCAACUAUCCACAUUACGCCCAUGUACAGCUUUCAUUCUCUUUGGAGUUGCAAAGGGUCAAAUUUCAAUCUAUGGAUACAAGUUCUGGUCACAGGGUUGGGGUCCACCAGAAUCCUGAUGAAUGAUUGCUACAAUUCAAUCAUGAUUUUUUUCCAUUUAAAGCAGUCUCUGUGACAAUAUAUUUUCAA